ACGUACUAGAUGAAAUAGGCGAGUUUCGCUCAAUGGUUGAUGAGGAUCUCAAUCAGUUCAAGGGCUAUGCCGACAACGCUUUGAAGAUGAUGGUAGAGAUGAAACACGUGCACGUACCAAAAACCCACAUAUUCUAUAAGUUUAAUAUUCCUGUCACGAGAGUAGAAGCACAUUCUAGUAAUGGUUUCGAAGGCACAGUGGUUGAAGAUGGUGACUGUGAUAAUUCUGCUAUGUGCCAAUGUGAGGAAUGUCGAGUGGGAUCGCAUGAACCUCCUGGAGAUCCGGAAUUACCUGGUGAAGAUGGUAAGCCUGCUCAACCACGGCACCCUGGAUCACCAGCUAGCGUCAAUUCUGAAACGUUUGGAAGAGGAUGUGUCAUUAACACUGUUGAGCCGUCUUAUUCACUUGAAUCAAACAGGUCAUUAAGACUAGGAGAUCCUGCAGGAUAUUCUGGCAUGUGUUGGAGCAGUGGAGGUGGGCCCGGGCCACCUGAACCAAGUUUAUCAGGACUCACUGGCAACAUUGGAGCAGGUAGAACAGACGGACAAUCAGACACGCUAAAGUGUAAUCACCAAAGAUAUGUCAACUUAGUUGAACUUUUCGGCUCAGCUGGACAACCAGGCUGGAAUAGCACGGUUAAGGAAACCGGUGUACCGAUAGUACCACCAGGACUAGCGGACAGUCCUGAAAAUCAAGGAGAAUUGGAAGGAUUUACACAAACUAAGUCAGACGAGGCAGUGAACUUGGAUGGUGACCACUGCCCUCAUCUGGUCAGAGAUGGCUGUUUUGAUGGAAUUGCUUCUACUGUUAGAAGAGAUCAUUCAGCUGAUUGUGAAAAUAGCCCAAUAGACGCUGACCUUUCGGUCGGUCAAUUUCAGUUAACUACACUUACAAUGUUGCAGAUGGGAAAAAUAAUGCACUACGUUGUAACCGGCAUAUUCGUCAGCACAGCUGUGCUGCUCUGUACGGCAUUUGUCAUCAUUUUUGACGUUGUCAACGGAAUUAAGGAUUUUCAUAGUGAGAUCGACAAGGAUCUUGACCAAUUCAAGCAAAUCUCUAACGACGCAUGGAAGAUAAUGAUGGCAGCCGCACAAAAAGCAGAAGACCCCAUACAUCUCUCGGUGUUCAGCUCUACGGCUAGAUUUCGAAGAGGAGGGACAUAUUCAACUGGUGGAGUUGGUGCUGGUGCUUACAAAGGUCCAAUUCGAGGUCCCACAUACACAUCUACUGGAGGUUGUCAGUGUGCUGCACAAGCUUCCAGAUGUCCUGCUGGUCCACCUGGUCGGUAA